AUGUCCAAGAACUACAAACUCGACCCGGUCGAAACUCCCGGGUACUGCCAUGUGGAUGGCUUGACGGCAGAGAGCGCCGACGUCGCCAGCCGCAUCUUGACGGCAAAUCGUACCGCCUAUCAUGUAUUCACGACUGAUUUUGACAAGAUGGGGGCCUACCUGCACAACCACAUUACCCACCACAUCGUGACCUUGUGGGCGCUAGGUGCAUCUCCGCACACGAUGAUUUUCCACAAGAAGAACAACGAAAACUACCAGAUUCUGCCUCGGAAGUUCGUCGACGAGCCCAUCGUCGCGGAGAUGGCCACGGACGCGGGUAUCCGCAAAUACCGGGGCUCGCUUGACCACUUCCUCGAUUUCACCACCUUCUUUGAGCGAGAGAUCGACCGUCUGGGUUAUGCGGCCGUGUUGCAGAAGUAUAUGGUUGGCGGCAGCGAGGUUGCUGACGAUAUCUUGGGCCGGAUGUAUCAUGGUUAUGUACACUCCUUCAUGUACAUGGGUCAAGGGCUCGAGUUUAAGCAGGAGCCCCUGCUGGCUGAAGGGCUGGCGCAGGCCCUCUCGCACAACGACAUGUACUACAAUGACUUUCUCUUCCACACCGAAAAGAAGGCUCGCCUCGGACAGGACUCGGUUCUCUCGCUGGCCGAGUGUAUGGAAGAAUGCGGUAAGGACCCGGUCAUCUCGACCUGCUCCAAUGUAGAUGUGCACUUCCAGGUCGUGAGCGGCGAGUGGAAGGUAGAGAAGGAGAUGAUCCGAGACUAUGUGUGCGGCCCUGCUUUCGACGCGAUGGCUCGGGUCUGCGCCCGCUAUCGCGUCGACCCCGAUGACUUGGAUCGGGCAACCGCGGAGCUGAUAAACACGUCUGUCUAUAUGUCCGCGUCCGCCCAGAUGCCGCCCUUCCAAUGCCGCUAUGACUUCUUUCUCAUACAUAGCACCAACUCUACCAUCUGGCAAACUGCCUUCACCAACGAGCCUUCUUUGACCAACCUACAAAAAGCCCGGCUAAUUGAAUUCUCCGGCCGCGUGAUGCUGAUGCUCUAUGUCGGCAUGGGUUGCCCUGAGCCGCGCCUCGACUGGCUCCUCUCGCAGAACCCCAAAGAGCCGGGCUCCGACUGGGCUCGUGUUAUAGAGCGUGUCUGUCAGCACAAGGAUGACGGACAUAUGGCGAAGCUGGUUCGCGUCAUUCGGCAUGCUGAGGAGGUCUCGCGCCCGUACGAGGACCUCCCGGAAUUCCGCAUGAAGCAACACAUGUUCCUUCCCGCCGCGCAAGCCGCCGUCGACUCGGGGACCGACCAUCCCAUGGAAGGUGUUUUUCAUUUUGACUUUGUUCGUGGAGCAGCGUGGUCUGAGGCGUGGGAGAAGUUGAAUUUCCCGAAGCGCGAUGACCAGGAGAUUGUCGCAUGA